AUGUCGUUGUAUUACACGAAAAGCCAAAGGGUUGUACGCGACUUAGACAGAGUAGAGGGAACUCAAGUGCAAAUAGCUUCGGUGAGAGAGGGCAAACUUGAAAUCAACAAGAAGGUUCUUGAAAAUAUCUUGAUGAAACCCCAGUGGAAAGAUGAGCGAGUGAUGGUCUUGUCAAUUGCUGGAAUAUUUCAGUCAGGAAAAUCAUUUUUACUCAAUUUGUUGAUCAGAUAUCUUUCCCAAAAUUGCAAAGACAGGUGGAUGGAUAAUCAAGAGAGCAACGUAGACCGAUUUGAUUGGAGCAAGAAUACAGGAACAUCUGGCAUUUGGAUGUGGAGUAAAGUGUUUUACAUUUUAGAUUCUGACGGUAUUAAGUUUGGAGUCUUAUUGAUGGACACCCAAGGAACUCCUGAUCCAUACUCAGCCACAAAUGAAGACGCACUACUCUUUGCAUUUAGCACGUUAAUAAGUUCUAUACAGAUUUAUAAUUUGAAAUCCGAUAUUAACGAUGCAGAUCUGCAAUUCCUUCAGCAAGUUGCUAGAUAUGGAACCUCAGUUACAGGAGACAAAAAGCCUUUUAAGUCACUGUUAUUUCUUAUUCGGGAUUGGCAGAAUCAACAUGAAUGCAACUUUGGCAAAGAUGGUGGAAUCAAAUGCCUUACAAAAUGCAUGGACAAAAACCAAGACCUUAAACAAUCCAUUCAUCAGGUGUUCGAAAACAUAAGCUGUUUCCUUAUGCCUCGCCCAGUAGAGAAUGCUUGGAAUACUUCCAUUUGUCAAGUUAAAGACAUUGUUGAACAAUUCCUUGUUCAGAUGAAGGCUUUGUUCAAGAUUUUGUUUUCAUCAAAAAUAUCUGAAGUUAAAGAGAUAGAUGGCGAUGACGUCACAUGUGCAAGAUUACUUGAUUACUUUCAGUUAUAUGAGAAGUCUAUCAAUAAAGUCAAGUUUGAAAUUGCAUCAAAAAUUGAGCCACGUCGAGAGUAUUUGCACGUCGGUGGUGGCAACGACAGUGGCAGCAGUGGUACAGGUGGCGCAAGGGCAUCAGCGGCAAAAACAGCAACAGUUGUGACAAAAAUUGGAAACAGCGAUUCUGUGUAUAAGCCUAAAAAGGACAAAAGAGUCCAAUCAGAACCUAAAUGUG